GUUGAUCUUUAAUAAUAAAUCAAAUAAAUAAUUAUAAUACAAUUAAAAACGCACGUAAUUCAGGAGAAGCUCAAAUAGCUACAAUCCGGACAUAUCUUCAUGGGUUAUUUAAGCCAAUCUUAAGAAAAAUAGCUAUUUUAAAUCAAAAGCUAAAAGCGCUACUCAGGAAGUUUUCUCAAUUUUCCGUCUACUUUCUUUGUUUUUCGACUGAAAAUGAGCUGGUGGUGGUCCGGAGCAAUUGGCGCUGCUAAGAAAAAGUUUGACGAAAUUGAAACACCCAUAAGCUACCAGAGCGUGGGGUUGGUGAUCGGCGUAACGGGCAUCGUCGGGAACAGCCUAGCCGAAAUCCUCCCUCUCUCCGACACACCUGGCGGUCCCUGGAAAGUUUACGGCGUGGCAAGACGUCCCCGUCCCGACUGGAACGCCGACCACCCCGUCGAAUACAUUCAGUGUGAUAUCGCCGAUGCGGACGACAUCAAUAAGAAGCUCUCCGACCUGACAGACGUCACGCACCUCUUCUACGUCACGUGGGCUAACCGAUCCACCGAAGAAGAGAACUGCGAGGUCAACGGCACUAUGUUCCGCAACGUCCUACGCGCGGUGAUUCCGAACGCUCCGAAGCUCCGCCAUAUCUGCCUCCAGACGGGGACCAAACAUUACACUGGACCGUUCGAAAGCCGCGGCAAGCAGGAGCACCACGAUCCGCCUCUCACGGAGGAUUUGCCCCGAUUGAGCGGCCCGAAUUUCUAUUACACUCUGGAAGACGUGCUAUACGAAGAGACAGAGGACAAACCGAAUUUGACUUGGUCCGUUCAUAGGCCCAACACGAUAUUCGGAUUUUCCCCUUUUAGCUUGAUGAACAUAAUCGGCACGCUGUGUGUGUAUGCCGCUGUUUGCAAGCACGAGGGUGUUCCAUUGAAAUUCCCAGGGAAAAAGGCCGCUUGGGAUUCUUACUCUGUGGCUUCGGAUGCGGAUCUGGUGGCGGAGCAGCAAAUUUGGGCGGCGGUUGACCCGUAUGCGAGGAACGAAGCUUUUAACUGCAACAAUGGGGAUGUUUUCAAGUGGAAGCAUCUGUGGAAGGUAUUGGCUGAGCAGUUUGGGAUUGAGAAUUAUGGGAUUGAGGAGGGUGACAGUUUGAGUUUGGUGGAUUGGGCCAAGGGAAAAGAGAAUGUAUGGGAAGAGAUUGUGAGGGAGAACCAGCUUCAGCCUACGAAGCUAGAGGAACUGGGGGUUUGGUGGUUUGCGGACUUGAUAUUGGGCGAGGAAGCCCUGUUGGAUAGCAUGAACAAGAGCAAGGAACAUGGUUUCAUGGGGUUUAGAAACUCCAGGAAUUCUUUCAUAUCUUGGGUUGACAAGUUUAAAGCUUACAAGAUUGUGCCUAACUAAAGCACAUUGUACGUGUUUGAUUUCUUGAUAAUAAUGAUGAUGUUGGUAAUGGAAAAAUGUUUGGGGAGGUGGGUUUUGUUGUUUUUAGGCUAUUGUAGAAAAUAAAAAGAGUGAAGACACACGCAUUUGCAUCACUUUUUCUUUUAUUUUUGCUAUGACAAGUUGCAGAGUUUUUCUUCUA